AUGGUUGAGAUGGGAGAGAUGGGCUCCGUUUACGAGCAAUAUUACACAGGGAGCUGUGUAAAAGCAGAGGAAGAGGAAGCGGCGAGCGCGAGCUCAGACUCGGACCCGGACUCGUCUCACGGCACUGGGGUCUGUAAAUGGUUUAAUGUGCGGAUGGGUUUCGGCUUUCUUUCCAUGAGCCACCGGGAGGGCGUCUGUCUGGACUCACCCGGCGUGGAUGUGUUCGUCCAUCAGAGCAAGCUUCAUAUGGAGGGCUUCCGCAGUCUGAAGGAAGGAGAGGAGGUGGAGUUCACCUUCAAAAGGUCUUCUAAGGGUCUGGAGUCUCUGUGGGUGACGGGGCCCGGCGGGGCACCAUGUGUGGGCAGCGAGAAGAAACCCAAAGGUGCCCAAAAGCGCCGUUCAAAAGGAGACCGAUGUUUCAACUGUGGAGGACCGAACCAUCACGCCAAAGAAUGUCAGCUACCACCUCAGCCAAAAAAGUGCCAUUUCUGCCAAAGCAUCUCUCACAUGGUGGCCAACUGUCCAAUCAAAGCACAGCAGUUGUCACCAGUUUCUCAGGGAAAAUCGACUACCUCCACCGUAGAGGAGGAGGAGGACAUGAGCCACACCCCCUUUCCUCCGGAGAGCUGUGAUUAG